AUGGCGUCCCCAGAUCCGACAAUUGAUCUCCACUGGGGAGAUUAUCGUGGUGCAAUUCAUGAAAUAUUUGCAAAGAAUGCCAGGGCUUUCCCAGACAGAGACGUUGAACUCGUGGUGGCCUACAUGGGUGCUCUCAAAGCUGGCGCGACUGUCAGUGUGAUUGAUCCACAGUAUCCUCCUGAGCGCCAAACGGUGCUAUUAGAUGUCGCCAAGCCUAGAUUCCUGGUCUGUAUCGAAAAGGCAAACGAGGAGUUUGGCCCACCUUCUGACCUCGUCCUGAAAUUUGCCUCGGACAACCUGAGCCUAAAGUCUACUAUUCCAGCGCUCGAGCUGUUAGACAACGGCGAGCUGAGAGGGGGUUCUGUCAACGGCAAAGAUUCUCUCGACCCCUCAGUAUACAGCCGAGAGGACCCUGCCAAUGUUCUCGUUGGACCCGACUCCAUUCCUACUUUGAGUUUCACCAGUGGUUCGGAAGGAAGACCCAAGGGUGUUCAAGGUCGCCAUUUCUCUUUAACUCACUACUUCCCUUGGAUGGCAGAAAGAUUUGGCCUCUCAGAUCAAGACAGGUUCACGAUGCUUUCUGGAAUUGCCCACGACCCAAUCCAGAGAGAUAUCUUCACACCACUUUUUCUUGGAGCCAAAAUUAUCAUCCCACCGGUAGAUGCGAUUGCUUACGAGCUCCUGGCCGAAUGGAUGAAGGAGAACAGUGUAACUGUUACCCACCUGACCCCCGCGAUGGGCCAGAUUCUUGUUGGAGGCGCUACCGCUCAGAUCCCCUCUCUUCGAAAUGCCUUCUUUGUGGGCGAUUUAUUAACGAAGAAGGACGUGAACAAGCUGCGCAAUCUUGCGCCCAACACCAGUGUCAUCAAUCUUUAUGGAUCGACAGAAUCACAACGGGCGGUAUCCUACUUUGAGAUUCCAAGCAGGGCACGGGAGCCCCUAAUCCUGGAUACCUUGCCAGAUAUCAUCCCGGUUGGCCAGGGCAUGCAGAAUGUUCAGCUAUUGGUCGUAGAUCGCGACGAUCGGUCUCGACUGUGCCAAGUUGGCGAGCAAGGAGAGCUCUUCAUUCGAGCAGCCGGUCUUUCAGAGGGAUACCUGGGAGAUGACGAAAAGACCGCGUCUCUAAACAGCUCCAAGUUCCUUCUCAACUGGUUUGUCGACCCGACCAUCUGGGCUCAGCAGGAAAAUGGUACGAGUGCCGCCGAGGCUUACAAGCCAUGGGGCUACAAGGGACCGCGAGAUCGCCUGUACAGAACCGGUGACCUUGGCCGGCGCCGUGAAGAUGGAAGUGUAGAGUGCACAGGAAGAAUUGAUUCUCAGGUCAAGAUCCGCGGUUUCCGCAUCGAGCUGGGAGAAAUCGAUACACAUCUUUCACAGCAUCCCUUUGUUCGCGAAAACGUCACUCUAGUCCGGAGAGACAAGGACGAAGAGCAUACACUCGUCACAUAUUUUGUCCCGGAGACAAAGCGCUGGUUCCAGCACGUUCAAAAGGAAAGUGGUCAACUGGAGCCGGAGUCACAAGAUGAGUCGAUGGGUCAAAUGCUUCGAAAGUUCAAGUCGCUUUCUGAAGACUGCAAGAAGUAUCUCGCUACCAAGGUCCCCAAAUAUGCCGUUCCUAGCCUCUUUAUUCCUCUGGCUCGGAUGCCAUUGAUACAACUUUUCAAAGAUCCUAAUGGAAAGAUUGAUAGACCUGCACUUCCGUUCCCUGACGCUGCGGAUCUCAGCUUCCUAGCGAAGCGACGAGCCUCGUCCGUAUCUGUCAACUUGACACCUACGCAGACUCGCCUAGCUUUAAUCUGGGCAUCUGUGCUUCCAAACACCUCAGCAAGAAUGUUUAGACCGAGCUCCAACUUUUUUAAAGAAGGAGGACAUUCUAUUCUUGCACAGCAAAUGUUUUUCAGCCUUACCAAGGAAUGGAAGGACAUCAACCUGCCGAUCAAGGUGAUAUUCCAAUCUCAGACUCUCGAGGCUCUUGCUGCAGAGAUCGACCGUGCUCAGGAUCCCAUCGGCCUGCGCCUGGAUGCCAUGCCCCUUGAUGGAGACAAGAAUGUCGAGGACGAGGCGUAUGCCACCGACGCAAGAGACCUCACAAACAAAAUCCCCAAGUCUAUUCCCACAGCAGGUGCAGUCACCUCACCUCGUGUUCUUCUAACCGGCGCCACUGGUUUCCUAGGCUCAUAUAUUGUGCGCGAGCUCCUUGAGGGCCCUACCAAGGCCAAUGUCAUCGCUCUCGUACGAGCCAAGGAUCAGGCAGAUGGUCUCGUUCGACUGGAAAAGGUAAUGAAGGCCUAUGGCUUAUGGUCUCAGGAGUGGGUUACUUCUUCCAGGCUUGAAGUCGUGGUUGGAGAUUUUGGCAGGCCGCAGCUUGGCCUUUCCCAGGACAUUUGGGCUCGCCUUUCCACAGAAGUCGAUGCUAUCAUCCACAACGGCGCCCAGGUCAACUGGAUGUUGCCAUACUCAAGUCUUCGAUCAGCCAACGUGCUUAGCACACUGGCCUGCAUUCAGCUUUGCGCCACGGGAAAGGCCAAGAGGCUGGCAUUUGUCAGCUCAACCUCGACACUGGAUAAUGACCAUUACGUGGAGAUCUCCAAGAAGGCCGGUGCCGUAAUGGAAGCAGACGACCUUGAGGGAAGCCGCAAGGGCCUUGCCACCGGAUACGGACAGUCCAAGUGGGCAAGUGAGCUUCUGGUUCGUGAGGCCGGCCUUCGUGGCCUGGCUGGUGCCGUCAUCCGUCCUGGUUAUAUCACGGCCGAUCCAGCAUCCGGAAUUUCCGUUACAGACGACUUCCUCGUUCGACUAUGGAAGGGAUCAUUGCAAGUCGGUGGACGCCCAGACAUUACCAAUACGCUCAACGCCGUGCCAGUCACGCAGGUCAGCCGUAUCGUGGUGUCAUCUGCGUUCCAUCUCUCUACGGCGACCGGACAGUCUAUAGCUGUGGCCCAAGUCACCAGCCACCCGCGUUUGACGCUCAACGACUGGAUUGGCGCCCUGGAGGUCUAUGGCUAUGAGGCCCCCAUUAUGCCGUACCCAGAGUGGUCCGCAAGGAUCAAGGAGUAUGUCAGCGACGAUACCAAGGAGGAGCCUCACGCUCUGCUGCCCCUCUUCCACUUUGUCGUUGGAGACUUGCCCGGCAACUCCAUUGCGCCAGAGCUGGAUGACGCCAAUGCCCUGGCGGCGUUGAAGCUCUACGAAGAGGAGUCAAAUGUCUCUCAUGCUGUGGAUGUUGAGUCGCUCGGCACGUAUUUGGCGUAUCUAGUUGCUAUUGGAUUUCUACCUCCCCCAACUGGGGGCGGCAAGACUGCAUUGCCAAAGCUAGACUUGGCUGCGUCGCAGAUCUCAGCUGCCAGUAGCUUUGGAGGCAGAUCUGCCAAGCCGUAAAGGUAACUCGGAAACUG